CGCCUUUCGGAUGCCGCUGGCCUGGAAGCUGCGUUAGGAGCGAGCGGCGGCGGCGGCGGUGGCGGCAGCUCGGGAGUGCUAUGACCGGCAAACUCGCCGAGAAGCUGCCGGUGACCAUGAGCAGUUUGCUAAACCAACUGCCUGACAAUCUGUACCCCGAGGAGAUCCCCAGCGCGCUCAACCUCUUCUCCGGCAGCAGCGAUUCGGUGGCCCAUUACAAUCAGAUGGCUACAGAGAAUGUGAUGGACAUCGGUCUGACCAACGAGAAGCCCAACCCGGAACUCUCUUAUUCCGGCUCCUUCCAGCCAGCCCCCGGCAACAAGACCGUGACCUACUUGGGAAAGUUCGCCUUCGACUCCCCUUCUAACUGGUGCCAGGACAACAUCAUUAGCCUCAUGAGUGCUGGCAUCUUGGGAGUGCCCCCGGCCUCAGGGGCACUCAGCACGCAGACCUCUACGGCCAGCAUGGUGCAGCCACCGCAGGGCGACGUGGAGGCCAUGUAUCCGGCGCUGCCCCCCUAUUCUAACUGCAGUGAUCUCUACUCGGAGCCUGUGUCUUUCCACGACCCCCAGGGCAACCCCGGGCUCGCCUAUUCCCCCCAGGAUUAUCAAUCGGCCAAGCCGGCCUUGGACAGCAAUCUCUUCCCCAUGAUUCCUGACUACAACAUAUACCACCACCCCAACGACAUGGGCUCUAUUCCGGAGCACAAGCCCUUCCAGGGCAUGGACCCCAUCCGAGUCAACCCGCCCCCUAUUACUCCCCUGGAGACGAUCAAGGCAUUCAAAGACAAGCAAAUCCAUCCAGGCUUCAGCAGCCUGCCCCAGCCGCCUCUCACGCUCAAGCCCAUCCGGCCCCGCAAGUACCCCAACCGACCCAGCAAGACCCCGCUCCACGAGAGGCCCCACGCGUGCCCGGCAGAGGGCUGCGAUCGCCGCUUCAGCCGCUCGGACGAGCUGACCCGGCACCUGCGCAUCCACACUGGCCACAAGCCCUUCCAGUGCCGGAUCUGUAUGCGGAGCUUCAGUCGCAGCGACCACCUUACCACUCACAUCCGCACGCAUACGGGCGAGAAGCCCUUUGCCUGUGAGUUCUGCGGGCGCAAGUUUGCGCGCAGCGACGAGCGCAAGCGCCAUGCCAAGAUCCACCUCAAGCAAAAGGAGAAGAAGGCGGAGAAGGGGGGUGCGCCUUCCGCGUCCUCAGCGCCCCCAGUGUCCCUGGCCCCUGUGGUCACCACCUGUGCCUGAGGCUCGGGCCCCCAGAUUUCCACUUUUCCCCUCCAGUGUCUCCCUGCUGCUAGCCUGAAAGCAGCGGGAAAGCUAGCCACGGAGGCGCAGGGGUGGCUCCCUGGCCUCUCCAUGGACGUAAGGCCCCUUGUCCCCCUUCGAAGUCCCCCGUUUCCACCCUUUCACACCGGCCAACCGUCGGGGGCCAGGGCAGGAGGCGCCUUGUCCCCCCACCCCUUUAGCCAAGGCGUAGGAGGUGGAAAGGUGGCGUCUAGCCCGCUUUGUUCAGUUCGGAUCGUCUUGAUCCAGGGGCCUCUGGGCUGCGCCAAGGACCUGCGGGGGACUGAAGGCGGGGCCCGCCUAAGUCUCGUCUGACCUAAGCACCUCACGGGUCUCCCCAAGUCUCCUUCGGUUCUCCCUCGAAGGAAGAUCCGAGACGGGGGAGAGGGUAAGCAGCGCACCAAAGCGCAGAGCUUGCUGCCUGCCGCACGCACGCGCGCCUGCGUGCGGGGAUGCGCGCGAGUGUGCGUGCUGGCGUGAGUGUAUGUGCGUGUGUGUGUGUGUGUGUGUGCGCGCGCGCGCGCCUGUGUGUCAGACUCUUGAGCUGAACUGGGCUGCGUCCACCCCAAACUCUUCCCUACAUCGGGUCUCCAGGCCCCUGGGGACUGUCCCAGGCUGGGGGCCUGCACGUGGCCAGAUGAGAAGGGUCUUCCAUCUGCUCGGAAAUAAUGUUUCUCACAGAAAUGCCUCGGAUGCCACCGCCGCGGCGCCGCUACUGCCGCUUAGGGUUCGGUCCCUCCCUCGGAACCUCACCUUUUCCAAGCACUUCCCUGUUAGGCCUCAGAGCAGUUUGAUUUGCGGGGGGGAAAGCAGCUAUUCCUGAACCUGUCUUUUUAAAAAUUAUUUCCUCAGCCUCACUUUUAAAAAUCUACGUCCUGAGUUUGCCCUCUGCCCUUCCCCCCUUCUCCCCUCUAAGCCUUCUCCCAUCUUGUUCAAAAUCUUUUCCCGGAAAGGCAGGCCUCAACCGGCCACCCCAUUUCACCUUUUUGUCUUCUCCCACUCACAUACCUGUGUCUUCUCCCCCCUUUGGUGGAGAAGCAAGCUCUUUUUUUGCCCUUGGUCAACAGGUAGACUUCAAAUCUAUGUAUGUGGGGGGGGGGUGCACACACACAUAUAUAUACAUAUAUGACAUACACACGAUACGUAUUCCUAUCAAAAUAAAAUUUCUAAGGUACUUGGCUAUUCAGUGCAGUGCACUGGAAUAAAAUGGUUUAUUUUUUAUGAAAAAUUUAACAGAUUAUAUCUAUAUAUGUGUGUGUGCACUCAAGUAUAUAUACAUACAUGUGUCUGUUAUGUAUGUAUAUAUACAUACAUAUACAUGCAUACACAUCUCUGUCCAAGUUUUCCUCCUGAGACAUGGAGAUUUUUGCAUUCACCCAUGUUGACUAACGAGGUGUACCUUUUCCAUGCCCCCCUCUCACCUUCUCCCUGCCCUACCUCACCUCCUCUGAGGCACCCCCCCGCCCCCAGCCAGUCUCCACCCAGGGGUCACUCUUUCAGAGUGGAGCGGUAGGGAAGGCUGCUCUCUGACACAGCUUCCAGCGCAGGCCUGACUGAAUGUACUGUCCCCUAUCCGCAUUAUUUCUCCUGUGGUCAGCGAGCUGCCCGGAGAGGAGGAACAAAGGUCUGGAGUUUACAGAAUGUCUGUUUUUAAAGUCACUUUAUGCGUUACCCACCUUUUUUUUUUUUUUUAAGAAAAAAAAGCACUGUUUUUUUUUUUGUUUUGUUUUUUGGUGUUUUUUUUUUUUGGUGGCAGAUAAAUAAUACUAAAAGAAGUCUAGUGAAAGGGAAAAAUCAAAGAGCAGGGGGUUGUGGAUUUCCAGGCACUUGGACUUUUUGUAGAAGGAGAGAGAAGAGGACGAAGUUUGCUAGGAGGGCUCAUAUUUUUUCAGCUGAGAGGUAAAAUCUUUCUUUGCAGAGACAGUAUUUUGCUGAAUACUUUUUAUAAUGUGAUGAUUAUUAAAAACAAAAAUUUUGGUCACUUCAAAGCUGGAAGGAGGAAUCAGAUACCCUUUAAUAUUUUCCUGCUCCUUCCGGCUCGUGCAUGUCACUGCAUGAUGACUUUGAGUUCCCUUUGUUUUAAUACAACUGUUCUCAGACAUUUAAGCUAAACUAAGAGAAAAAUAACUUUGUUGCCAAAACGUUGUGCUAUCCAGAUUUUUUUUAUAUGUCUGCAUGUUUUAAAAAACAAAAAAACAAAAAAAUGCACUCUAACUUAUGUGAACUGAGAGAAAAAAAUCAGGUUUUAAACAGGAAAACCUAUGGGGAAUGAUAUUUUUUGAAAGACUUUUGUAUAAAGUUGAGUACUUAGAAAAAGACAAACCAGAUGUAAUAUAUUUUGUGGAUGUUUUUAUUUCUUGGAUUUAUAGUACCUUAUACUAAGGUUAAAAAAAUAUGCUUGAUAUUGUGAAAAGGUGAGAUUCUUCACCAACAUUUCAUCUGCUCCUUUGUCACAUUGUUAUGCCGAUAUAAUAUAGUUCAUGAAAACAGCAUUUUUAAAAACCGAAAUAUUGAAAUGGUGUAAUGUUGUACCAUUUGCACUGUGAGCAAAUGCUAAUACAGUAAAUAUAUUGUGUUUGCUGACAAUCAGCCGGCCUAUAAAUCUCCUUAUUUUAUUGUUUUCAUAGCAUAAAGUUUUGG